GCACAGCAGCAGCUGCCGCAGAAGCUCCAGGCCCAGGUGAUCCAAGAGACGGUGGUCCCGAAGGAGCCCCCUCCAGAGUUCGAGUUCAUCGCGGACCCUCCGUCCAUCUCCGCCUUUGACCUGGACGUGGUCAAGCUGACUGCCCAGUUCGUUUCCCGGAACGGCAGGCAGUUCCUGACCCAGCUGAUGCAGAAGGAGCAGAGGAACUACCAGUUCGACUUCCUGCGCCCUCAGCACAGCCUCUUCAACUACUUCACCAAACUGGUUGAGCAGUACACCAAGGUAAUGGGGUCUGGGAGGUUGCAUUGCGCAUUAGGAUCCAGUCUGAUCUCAGACGUUAAGCAGGGCCAGCCCUGGUUAGCCCUCGGAUGGGGGUCCGGCAGAGGAGAGUGCAGGGAUUUAGGGCGAAACCGGGCAAAUUGCAGGCGUUAAAACAUUUCUGUUGCUUAUUGUUUACGGUAUUUAUACCCUGCCCUUCAACCCUAAAGGCUCUAAAACCCUUCUCCACAGACAUGGAGAACGUAUACCCAGUGUGGGCCAACAACGUCCAUCAUUUCUUAUUGACAGUCUUGAUUGGGGUUGUCGAUAGUUUAAAGCCAACAAACUAUGGAGGGCUGCCAAUUCUCUUAUCACUGGUAUCAACAGCCGAGAUGGACAGGUUACUCACCUGUAACGGUAUUUCUUCGAGUGGUCAUCUGCGAAUUCAUACAAAUGGGUU